AGAAUAGUCACAAGUCGGUAGCGAUGUGAGUCGGACGGCAGCAGCUGUUCGGUUCUCGUCUACGCGCUCUUUCGCGCCGCGCGGCAGGUUACCACGAAAUUGGACCAAACGCGUACUUUGCACCCUUUCUAACUCGCUCUUGCCCGCAUCAUUUAUCCUUCUCCGAUAUUUUCCUUCGUGAUAAUAUAAUAUAGCUUGUCAUUGAUGCAAUCAGUUCAAUGUUUACAUUGUGCCGUAUCAAGCGAUGAAAAUUCAUAACGAGUUUGUAAAUCGUUAACACCGCCGGCUGAGAUAGUGUUUUUACGAGGUAUUAUGGGCAAUAAAGAGCUGAUAGCGAGGUGAUAAAAUAAGAAGAUGCCCGUACUCCGCAACGCCGACCACCCCGCGUCGAAGGCCACCGACUCCGUGGCCGCUCGAUACGGUGUGGCCGUUUUAGGGUCCUGGGCGGCCGAGACAGCUACUUACCCGUUUGACCUAACAAAAACAAGGCUACAAAUACAGUCGGAAGUGGCCUCCGCUAAACAUGGAUAUAAGUUGGAGAAUCUCGGGAUGAUAAAAACCGCAGUUGGCAUCGCGAAACAGGAAGGCGUGCUGAAGCUAUGGACGGGUCUGAUGCCAAUGUUCCAACGUCACGCAAUCUACUCGGGUUGUCGGCUCAUCUUGUACGAACACUUCCGUGACGCCUUGAAAGAUGAAGAUGGUAAAAUGUCUUUGGGGGCCGCAUCUAUAGGCGGGCUGGCGGCGGGUUCUCUGGCGCAGCUGAUCGCGUCUCCCACUGACCUGGUGAAGGUCCAGAUGCAGGCAGAAGGGCGACGGGUCCUGCAGGGCAAACCUCCACGUUUCACCAAUUGCCGACAGGCCUAUAAGCUAUUGUAUUCUGAAGCUGGCUUAUUAGGCUUUUGGAGAGGUGCUAUACCUAACGUACAGCGUGCGGCAUUGGUCAACAUGGGAGAUCUAGCAGCCUAUGACUACAGUAAGCAGUUCCUGAUACGGGAGUUCGGUAUGGCAGACACCCUGUUGGUACACGCGAUGUCCGCCUUUGCCGCCGGUUUCGUGGCCGCAGUUGUGGGAACACCUGCUGACGUGCUAAAGACUCGGCUAAUGAACCAACCCGUGGGACCAGAUGGAAGAGGCACUCUAUAUCGUGGCAUGAUCGACUGCGUCCAACAAUCCGUGAAAAAUGAAGGUAUACUAUCGCUGUACAAAGGUUUCCUCCCGCUUUGGAUGAGGCUGGGUCCGUGGGCUUUGAUCAACUGGAUAGCUUUUGAGAACAUCAUGCUGGCCAUCGGAGGACAUACAUUUUGAUUUCCAUAUUUUAUUAUCCUGGAAUAUUUUGAACAGGGCCAUAAUUUAUUCAAUUUAGAUGGAAUUGGGAUAAUGUACAGGGGAAUAUGUGCAGUUUAAGUGUGAGUUAUAUCAGGACUUCCUGAUUUUUCUUGCUUUUAAAAAUAUAAUUUCCUGUAUAGAGAAACACCAAAACUUUCACGAGUAAAAGACGUAAGUUUUAAUGUGAUAUGUUAUCUGCAUUAUUGUAUGUUUAGUAAUAUAGAAAUAUAUUAUGGCAAUGUUACAUUUAAUAGCAUAUACAUAUUAUGACAUUUUAUUAUAGUUAUUAUUACAAAUGGAUGGGUAUAAAAACGACAAUACUUUAAUACAAUUAGUAUUUUUUAUAUAUACAAAAAUAACAGUUCAAAUGAAGGAAGGAUGUUUUUACCCCAAAUUAAUAAUAAAAUUAUUAAUGUUGCUCUACUUUAUAUCUUGUAAAGAAAACGUGCUUUCAUUAUUAGUGUAAGAAGCAGUAAGCACAAAAUAUGUUUUUUGAAUGUGUUAAUUUAGUGAGACGGUAUUUAAAAUACUCAAUAGCACAAGUUUGAUGUAUUUCAUAAGUAUAAUCGCAGCUAUAGUGAAUUUAAUACAUUGACUUAAUAAAAUUUCACUUA